AUGGAGAUUCAGCCGGCAAUGCUACGAACCGCGAACAGGAUGGGACCUCCCACUCGCCACAAGACAAAGGCCUUUCUUCGGAUUAGUGAACUCGGUACCCUACGUUUCUCGGACCUGGUUUAUCACGGAGAUUCAGUUUGGUGGCUGUUGAUUAAAAUGUCCUUAACCGAUCAAAUCGGGGAAGGUACAGCGGUGGUAUUUCGAUGGUAUUACAGCUCACAAGAAUUGUGGGAUUCGUACUGCGAUGCUUGCUCACCUUUUGAAGCGUCCGACUUUAGUUUCAGAAACAAGAGUGGAAGACCCCCACAUAGGAAAAAUGUGGCCCAACAAAUUCAGAAAGCGCCAUUACCAGUGGAUUUGGGUCAUCGUCGACUCACAUCUCAUUCUCUUCGCGGUGGAGCUACCAUUUCUGCUAUACAGGGUGGAAUCGACUCAGGAAUAGUUGAGCUGGCUGGCAGAUGGAAAUCAUUCAAAGUUUCUCAAGCGCAUGUUGAUCCAUCUCCUGUCCAGAUUUGUCAUUUCGGCUGUUUUGUUAUGUGA